UGAGCUAAAGAGGAAAAAGCAUGAUCCUCUGACUUAAAUAGGCGUGUUCCUCUUGUCUUUCCGGAGUAUAAAAUACGGGGCCCUUGACAGGUAACGAGCUCUGUGCAUCUGCAAGAGGAGAACAGACACGAUGACUGUGUAUGAGAUCCUCUCCAAGGAUGAGUUGAGCGCCAAGCUGAAGGAAGCCGGCAAUAAGUUAGUUGUUGUUGAUUUCUAUGCGACUUGGUGCGGUCCGUGUAAAGACAUAGCACCAAAAUUUAAGGCAUUUUCUACAACAUAUACUGAUGUGAUUUUCUGUAAAGUGGACACGGACGACGUUGAAGAAUUAAAUGUGGAGUACAAGGUCAAAGCUUUACCAACAUUCAUCUUUAUCAAGGACGGAAACGAGGUAGCCAGUGUUGUUGGAGCAAAUGCGGAUGACGUUGAGAAACUAAUCCAGCAACAUAGAGGGAUGCAACAGCAGCAAUGCUCUGGUCAUGCCCCGCAAUAAAUACUUUCAGCACCUGCCCCUGCUGUGAAAUGGCUGGAACAAUAUGAACGCUAUUAAUGCACUAUGUGAUCCAUGAUGUAAAAUAAUAAAAGUACUGCACACAA